ACAUGUCCUGGAUGCAGUCCUGCAGUGCUGAGGUAGCAUCGUCUGGCCAUAUUGCGAUCUGCUUUUGAACAACUGGGGAUGCACGCAAAUCGAGCGGGUCGUCAAAGUUUGUGUACAGAUUGGAGUUCAUGUUAGAUGAUGAUGAUGAUGGCGGCAGCAGCAGUCGGUGAAAGUCCACACAGAAGCACUGACGAUAAAACAUCCACCCGAAGACUGAAUGACGUGAAGGUAAUGAAGUUCAUCGGUCUGGUGGUUUUGGUGAUCCAGAAUGUAUCGCUCAUCCUCAGCAUCAGCUACGUGUGGACGUUGUCUGAUUUCUUGGCCACAUCUGCUGUUGUGAUGGCAGAGAUUCUUAAAGUUCUUACGUGUCUGUUUAUCAUCUCGAUGCAGAAGACUGGAGAAGCAAGCUUUUAUGACAUUGCGUGGGUUGGCAGAACCGUUUCACUAUAAAUACUUGUGUGUUGAACAGUGUAAUGUGACCGUUGUCAUAAGAUGUUCCAUUUAAGCGAUUCUAUAGAUAUGUCUUUGUUUUGAAAUAAACAACUCUCUUGUCCAUUAUAUCAUAAUUAGUGGCAAAUAUGUAUUGUAAAAAACACUAUGCAAUUAUGAUAAUAUUUGCAUUCAUUUUUGUCAUAUAAAGUCGCUUUAUCACAUUGUAGGCUACAAUUAAAAUCAGCUGUUAAUAAAUCUGAACAACGUCAAAUGAGGACAAAUGUGUAUUUAAGCAAU